AUGUCAGUUUUGAUUGGCUGAGUAUGCUUCGUAACCAAGAGCAACGCGCAUGCGCACUUUUGAUGUUCCAAGCAAUUCGAAUAUAUAUGACCUGUGGUCUUCUACAUAUAUGCACGUUCAUGGUUUAUGUAAUACGUUUAUUUUUCAACAGGACAAGAGAGCGGAUAGUUAAAAGGAACAGUAAAAAGAAGAACGAUAAAUUCUUGCUGUUUUACUUCUUCAUUAAUUCAUUCACAUUUCACAUAAUAGAUGCACUACUAACAAAGAGAAGGUGCUGAAAUUAAAUAAUUAAUGUUGCGCAAAAUAAAUGUAGUGAUAGAUAUGUAGAAUACAUAUGGUAUAAUACACAUACGAAUGAAUGUACUUAUGUACAAUACAGGAGACGUACUGAAACCAAUUCGCAUGACAGCGGUGACAUUAACGGUGAAAACAACUAUUAGGACAUAAUGUCGCUGUACUUUGAUACACGCGUACAAACCCCGGAAACAGCUUCUAUAAGUAUUGCCAUAAGCAUGGCAAUCUGGCAUGCCAAAUAUCCUGUGCUAGCUGUUGCUGCAUAUUCUCAAGAUAAGGGUAGUUUUGUAACUAUUUAUGAUGAUCAAGGAGAACUCGUACUGGAUGUGAAAUCACCAAGAUUUUGGUAUCGCAGAACCGAACAUUCAAAAUUGCAGGUGGCAGCUCUUGGAUGGAAUCCAGAAAGACGUUGGCUCGUUGUAGGAUUGGAAAGCAGAGAAUUGAUGUUAUGGCCAGGCGAUACUGGGAGCGUUGAAUUUAACUCAGUAAUCUCACUACACCAUGAUCCUAUUACACUUCUGCAAUGGAGUAUGCAUGGAGGAAUAGUGGUAACCGCGGAUGCAACUGGUUUUAUAAUAGUCUCGCAUCUUGAUUGGAGAGGUUACUUGGCAGUGAUGUAUCGCCAUGAGCUGAGGGUUUCUUUGGUACAAAUAGUAUUCAAAACAAUUCCACAGAAAUCAGCGUUCGAUAUACAUAGUUUACCGAAAACAGCGGUUGCAGGAGAUGAAAGAUUGUUGGAUAUAUUUAGCUUUUGGCGUCCUAGAACGACUGUACAACUAACGGCUGCACUGCAAAGAGAUAAUCAUACAUUUUAUGUUACAACAAGCAGCGGAGUAAUAUACUUUGUUGACAAAGAGGGUCUAUGUUGGGAAGUUCUCAACACAAACGGUGUCGCGUUGCAGUUUCUAUUGUACCAUCAAAGUAGAGAUUCCGUUAUUAUUAUGACGGAAGGGUUAAAUAUAGGGCAUUUUCAAAUGGAUCCCAUUACUAACAGGCUCGUCGAAAUAACAAAAGUGAAACUCAGCGGUAGAUACGACGUGUCACGAACUAGCCCAGCAAUGUGUUGGGCCGGUGAAAAUAUUGUAGCAAUUCUUACAGGAGAAUUAGGUGUCCAUUGUUGGGAUCUUCAUACCGGCGAUAGUUACGUGCUGUCUGCUCCGGAUUCAUCUCCUGGAAAUAUCGCUACACCGCAAGAGAUUUGCACAAGCAUAUCUUUUUGCAAAAAUAAUGGUACUUUGGCUGCUGGUACAAAUCUGGGAACAAUCUAUCUAUGGAAACGUAAAGGUGAAACGGAUUACGAUGAAAAUGGUUGGUCGAGUGUACCAAAAUCUUAUAGCAUUCAUGAAACAGUGAAACACCUUAUAUGGGGUGCUGGUUUUUUGAGAAAUCCAUCGGUUAAUUGUAUAACGAAUGUUUUUAUUCUACAUCAACAACCAAUGUGUGCUGCAUAUAAUGACGGUGUUUGCGCCAGUCAACUCGCACCUACUCAAAUUUUACUAGAAAUUGACGAGCUUUCUUACGUUUUGAAAAGCGACAUUCAAAUACAACUGGUAGCUGUAAACAAAGAGCACAUUGCUGUAUCCUCGGGUAGACAAAUCGUGAUUUACGGAAUAUAAAUAUAUAAAGAUAAUUCCCUGACGACUACGAUGGUCACAAGUUUCCAUUGCGAUACGGAGAAGCUGUUAAUAUACGAGCAUACUUUGAUCGUUCUGACCCCUGUAGAUAUUCAACUACGAUCGAUGGAAGGUACAGUUAUGCAGAUGUUGUUACCUACGUUACCAGGAGAAGGUGAACCGAUCACGAUGGACCUUACUGGACAAUAUCUUACGGUUGCAUCUUUGUAUGGAAUUUUAAAAAUUUGGGACUUAAGUAAAGGGAAAGCGAAAUUGCAUACCAGAACAAUGGCAAUUUACGAAGCGAUCAAUGAUUUUGCUGAAGUCAUUGAGGCAAAGUGUAACUCGAACUGUCGUUUAGUAUCCAUUACAGUUGCCAGGACUAACUUGAUGCCCAGUUCGAUUUUAUACGUUUGGGACAUAGGAAGCGAUCAGAUACACGAAUUUGAUUUCGCAGAAUCUAAUGAUAUCGACGAAGAUGAUACUGGUCUGGCUGUAAAAUGUAAAGGAAGAUUAGUAACUGCUCAUUGCUGGGAUGUGGAUAAUCCUAGACUGCUAAUAUGCCGUGCUGAAAGAUUGGAUAGUCGAGAUUCUAAACAUUCAACGAAACAGAUGAAUGAAAAUGACUACGAUGUCUCAAAGGUCAACGUAGUUUUGGUUUCUAUAUUCGCGACGUCGGAUCACGGGAUUGUUGUACAGGACAUAAAACCGGUAACAGAUGAAAAUUCCAGAUUACUGGGUGUUCAGGCUCCGCACAUAAUUAAGUAGUAAUUUUAGAAGUAAUUUUUUUCCAAGUAAGUCCUGAUUUAAAAUAAUAAAAUCUUUUAAUAUUGAAACAAUUUAUAGUAAUAUAAACAGUUUCAACAAACGAAACAUUGACGUGACAUUCAUUUAAUUUUAUGUAACUAAAAAUUUGUAUAGCAAUAAUGCAGUGUUUAGUGCAUUAAACCUUGGUGUAUUAAAUGAUUUACAUUAUACUUUA